CAUUGACUGACGCCGCGAAUUGUUCAUGUUUCGAGUUAUGUAUUUUGCACGGUUGUGCUGUGUUUAAUUAGCAAACUUGGCACCGUUGGAACAUUUAAAACAAACUGGAAGCGUAUUUCAAUGUGCACGUUGAACCAGUAGUAUCAUUUUAGCAUUUCACCGGAAAUAAGCACUUGUCUUUGUUCUUGGGACCAUGGGAAAUGUUUAGACGCCAUCUUGUUUCCUAAUCUCACUGUGUUCAUUUUGACAUUUUGACGUUUUUGCAUUUUAGCUAACUAUUUUAAAUGACAUUGUCUUACCUUGUUUGAGCGUUAGUUGAAACUGUUAUGGCUAAAUCGAAUACUACACUGGCAAGCCUGUGGGAUGAUGGUCAGUCUAGCCCUAUCAGAGUGAUCCACACAACGCCAACAAAGGUAGAAGGCAGUGGAGAGCUGAAGCAAGAAUUUGUCAAGUUCUACCGAACCACUGGCCUUGAGUCUGUUGCCAGAGAGCAUGGAAUAAUGGAUGCAAACGGCGAACUGGCAGGCAUCAGAGAGCAGGGCUUUUCUGGCACUCGCACAGUGCAAGUGUUGACAGUGCCUGCCUCACCUAAAGCUACAUACACUCCCAGGGUCAUACACGCACAAAGUGUGAUGACCAACUACGCACCAAGCUCUCCACGGGUGAUAACCACAGCAUCCAGCCCUCACACACCUGUUAUACAUGGCCGUAAGCGACAGAAUGAGAUCAUCAUUGAUGCAGACUAUUCAGAUGGGACCAAGAGAUCUAAGAAAGGGGAAAAAGGAGGGAAGGGUUUGCGACAUUUCUCCAUGAAGGUUUGUGAGAAAGUACAGCUGAAGGGCGUCACUUCAUACAACGAGGUAGCCGAUGAACUAGUGGCCGAGUUUAGCGACCCACGUAAUAUACUGUCACCUCAAGAUGCACAAUAUGACCAGAAGAACAUCCGUCGGCGUGUGUAUGACGCCCUUAAUGUGCUAAUGGCCAUGAACAUCAUCUCAAAGGAGAAGAAGGAAAUCCGCUGGAUAGGUCUACCCACUAACUCUGCUCAGGAAUGUCAGAAUCUGGAGUUGGAAAAGCAGAGACGAUUGGAAAGAAUAAAGCAUAAAACACAACAAAUCCAGGAGUUGAUACUACAGCAAAUAGCGUUUAAGAACUUGGUGCAGCGUAACAAAGAGUUGGAGAGAACACAAGGGCCACCAGCCCCAAACUCUGCCAUUCAGCUGCCUUACAUUAUUGUGAACACAAGCAAAAAGACUGUGAUAGAUUGUAGCAUCUCCAAAGACAAGGAUGAGUACCUGUUCAACUUCAACAACACAUUUGAGAUCCACGAUGACAUUGAAGUGUUGAAGAGGAUGGGAAUGGCUUACGGUCUCGAGAAGGGACAGUGCACCAAGCAUGAACUGGCCAAGUGCCUGGCCAGCGUUCCUAAGGCCCUGGAGCCAUAUGUGUUAGACCUGGCACGGGGCAGUAUGGCGAAUGCAGGGCCCAGUGGUAUCCGGCCUGUCACUGCGGGAACUGCAUCCUCACAUCACUCGUAUACACAAUCAGGAGCCACCGGCAACUCUCUUCCCGCACUCCACUCUGCCCACAGCAACAGCAGCAGCACUGAUGCCAUGGACUUUGAGGUCGCCAUGGCAACAAACUCAGUCCAAUCAGUUGUCUCACGGGAACCCAGCAUCGGAUCAUCAUUUUCUGACGUCCACUCACGUGUGAUGGAAACGCCCUCAGAUGAUUUUUCUGACGAUGACUUUGAUGGUUCGAGUCCUGUUGAUGUGAUGAGUUAGUGUUGUUACAAGUGGCCUUACAGUUGGGGUUUUGGUUGAACUUUCAAACUGUGUUGUAGCAGAUGUCUGCUAAACGCCAUGUAAAGUUUUGUCAACAAAGCAAGGCAGUGUCUCCACUUGUGAACACAUGAUGUAGGGUGAUCACUGGAAGGUGCGUUCUCAGCAUCCGUACAUGUGAAGGUCUCACACUGUUACAGAGAUGUUAAAGGCUUUACAUUGACCGCAUACAGGAGCAAACAGUGAGAAGUGUAUGAACAAAUCGGCAAGAACCAGUCUGAGAUGUCUGUGACGACUGAUCAGAUUUGUGGCAACAUUUUCGGACAAGCUGGAGUUCAUACUGAGUUUUGCAAAGCACAGGCAGGGAUUAAAGAUUUUGUGAUGGACGUCAGGACACAUAUUGUGAUAAUGUGUAUUGUGUAGUUUUGUAAUUGUUCAGUUUUAAAGAGAUUUGGCUAGAUUUGGGCUAAUUUUAUAGCAAGGCAGAUUAUGUGUUUAGUUAAACUUAACUGUUUACAAGUGAAGCUGCAUUUAGAGAGUGCCAGGAUACCAAAUUGUUGUUCUAAAGACAUUCAGACAUUGAUUGGUAGUGAAUAAAAAUAAAUUGACAUGAAAUAAUGUUUCUUCCCACUUCAAAAACAUAAGAAUUUUCCGUAAAUGGUAUCUGAUGUACAGCUAUAUGAUUUUUUUAUUCCUGUUAGACUUCAUGUUCUGGUAACAUUUGAAAGGGUUUUUAUGUAUAGACAAAGAAUUUGUAAAUAGUUUACGAAACACUAAUAUUCCAAACACUCUUGUUUUCAUUUUGAAAGAUUGGAAUAUCAGUCAUUUCACUUCCGAUUUCAUUUGAAAUAAGAACCAAUACAAACUGCCAUAUCUGUAUGUGUAAAUAAUAAUGUAAUUUUGGUCUUUAAUUUUACAUUAUUUUACAUAUUAGUAAUUUUAUCCUUUCAAAUGAUACCAAAAUAACCAGGCAUCGAAGUUAAACAUGGUUGUUCAAGUCUCAAUAUGUACUUUGGAUACCUGAAUAUGGAUAUUUCCUCUCUCAAAACUGUGCAUACUGGUUGAGUACCUAAAUCAGAACAGUACCUAAAUGACGUUUUUCCGAUUGUGAUCUGUUUAUUUACGAUUUAAAUCAAUAGACGCUUACCUUAGAUACACGUUCAAAAUAACAUGAUACUUGUGUAAGUAUUUAAAAUGCUGCUAUUAUUCAAAGUUGUUCAUGUACAAAUGUCAAUACAUGGCACGAGGGGGAAUGACUUCAUGCAUGCCACAAUUACAGCAUACUGGCACAGUCUGGGUUUUUUUUACUUAAAUUGUCAAAUUUUACUGACAAAAAUGACAAAAAGACAAGCUGGAAAUAAAAUUAAUUAUUAGUUUACUUAAACAAAACAUGUAGCAAUAAUUUAAAAAGGAAACACAAAAAUAAAUAACGAAUUAAAACUGUUCCAUAUUUAGGUACUCCAUGGACAAAAAUGGCAGUCCUUGACUGUGUGGUUAAUAAAGUACUUUUCAUGCAGAUUGGAAGUAUCUUGAAAAACACCAUUUAUAUCAACCAAUUGGUUUUGAAUCCUAGUAUGCUGAUGGAAAAUGUUGUAGCUGUGGUGCAAAUCUAACUAAAAAUAUUCCAAAAUAAAUGCCGAUUUAGGUACUCGCCCAGUAUAGGUUCAUUCAACAUUUUUAGUGUUUAUAAGUCACUAUAAACAAAAAGCAAAUUUAAGGCAGUUAAUUUAAGUUUACUGUUGUCAAUUUUUAAUUGCUGUUGUGUUUUAAAAAUUGUAAUUAAAAGCCAUACGUUAUGUGUUCAUUUAUAUUUAGCUGAUAUUAGAUUGAUUCAAAACCUUGAACAUUGUUUCUGUUUUGCUUGUUAAACCAUGCCUCAUCCACAACCAUGCUUCAUCCACAACCAUGCCUCAUCCACAACCAUGCAUCAUUAACAUUGUUCACGAGUCGAUAGUUAUUUGUUAUUCAGAAUGGAAGUUUGUUUGUUUCCUUCAAGAAUCAAUAGUCUGAAAUCAUGUUCUGUUAUUGACAUUUUAAAAGCAAAUCAAGAAUAGAUUAUUAGGACAUGAUCAUCCAUACAAUGCAUUUUGCUAGGGUUUCUUGGAUGUUUUUAGUAGAUUAAGCAGUAUAAAUUUGGUUCUUGAAUGAGAUUGGAUUUUUUUUAUUUGCUUCAAUCGUUGUAAUGAUGUUUAUGUCAACAUUUAACAUAUUGAAAAGCACUGUCUACCUUCCAGUAAUGAAAAUAAUUUAUUGCUCUUCUGUUUUAUGAGAGUCAUUAGUCUAGCAUCUCCUAGUUAUAGAAGCCUGAAAGGGGGGUUUAAUGAUAAUAAGUGUAUGUUGACAUUUUUACUUAAAACGUGUUCUGGGAGCUGUUUCAAUAAAGAGUUUAGUCGUUUAUUGAAACUUUAGAGUCAUAGUUCCUUAAUUUUGCUACAUAUUUGUGUGAAUUGAACUAAAUUCAACAUUGAAAUUUCUACACUAAGGUUUAGGAUUAUUUUUUUAUAUAUAUAUAUUGCCAUUAAUGACCUUUAUACAGAGUUCUGAUAAUUGAAAUUACAACCAAAAGCCUUGAUUGAAACAGCCCACUGUAUAGUAAAUUGUUCUGCUUGCCAUUAUUAUACCUUAACUGCAAACCAUGUUUGUCUUUUUGCACACUUUACGGGGGUGACUUACCACUCUAUACCAAACCACUUAAGUUUGUAUAGUAAUUUACAACCUUCUAAAUCUGAAUCAUCUCUCUUGUCUACUUUUCUUAAUCAUCAAGAGUUUGUAUACAUUAAUGUCCUAUCACUAAACUCGCACAUCACAUGAAAAUGUUAUUACUUAAUUUUAGGAUAUUUUUAUCGUUUAUUUUUGCUGAAGAGUGAAGAAGUAGGCAUACGCCAACAUUUGUUAGAAGCUUGCUAAAUGAUGAAAUAAGAGUUUUUGUAGUGAUUUCACACUCGGAACUCCUCGGCCAUUUUUCAUCGAAAACAACUUGAGGUUUAUAUGGCAGUUUCCAACGUCAAAAAUCUUGACAUUUACUACACUGCAAGUAGAGUGCGUAAUUAUUUCAAUUUAGCAGUCAAACUUAAUGUCUUUCCUCCUGUGAAUUUUAAUUAUUUAUGCAAUAAUACACUUCACUGGCUGUCAAUAAAUUUAAACUUAGUAAUACAAAAAACAUGUUAAAAUACUACAAUUAAUUCAUACUAUUAUGCAACAUAUUACAAACUACUACUUAUGUACUGGCAUACAUCCGAGGCUGCUUUUGAUGGAAAAUGACCAAGGAGAUCCAAAUGGCAAUUCCAUUGGCAGAGACAUUACAACAAACACAAUAAAUAAAUUGAUGCUUCAUUGUUCACAUACCUGUUUCUCACAAAUCAAACUGUUCAUUUGAUUAUAUGUUGCUUUGGUAACCAUACAAAGGUUAUAACACUAUGCACCUUUAAACAUACAUGUCUUCUCGUGCAGUAUUUGAUCUCAAUCAUCUCACUAAUUUCAUCUGUAUAUUUUUCACUGACCUUGUAAACCUACAUAGCAUUUAUAACAUACUUUUUUGUAUUAAAAUAUGAUUCAAUAAAUGGUCAGAAGCUGUC